UAACAGCCUUCUCCAUUUUUGAAGCUCACUUCACCUUCACGUUUUCCUUUUCAAAGAGUCACUUAAAAGAUCAUAACAGCCUUCAUUUCCUAAGUCCCCUCCCUCCCCUCUCUCUCCCUUCCUCUCUCUUUCUGUAACAUGGCUCAUUUUGGUAUUACAGUCUUUAUCUUCUUCUUAUCUCUAACAUUUUCGCGAAUAAAAUCAUGUUUUUCUUCUCAGGUUUAUGUGGUAUAUAUGGGAAGUAAAAAAAAUUACAGUUCUGAUGAGUUCUUAAGUCAGAACUAUCAAAUUCUCACUCCAAUCCAUGGAGGAUGCUUGGAGAAAGCAAUAGCUUCUCAUGUUUACAGUUAUAACAAUGGCUUUAGUGGAUUUGCUGCGAAGUUAACUGAAGAACAGGCAUUGAAACUAGCUGAGAUGCCAGAAGUUGUUUCAGUGUUCCCAAAUCAAAAGAGAACUCUGCACACAACUCAUUCAUGGGAUUUCAUGGGACUAAAUAUGGAUGCUGAGAAAGAAAUUUCAGGCUUCUCUACAAAAAACCAAGAAAAUGUGAUAAUUGGAUUCAUUGAUACAGGAAUAUGGCCAGAAUCUCCUAGUUUCAACGAUGAAGAGAUGCCACCAGUGCCUUCAAGAUGGAGAGGAAAAUGUCAAGCUGGGGAAUCUUUCUCAAGUUCUACAUGCAACAAAAAAGUGAUAGGUGCAAGGUACUAUAUGGAUGGCUAUGAGGCAGAGAAAAAAAUGGUUGAAGAAUCACAAGUGAAUCCCAGUAGAAAUAUGGAAUUCAAAUCUCCAAGAGAUAGUUCAGGACAUGGAAGCCACACAGCUUCGACGGCGGCUGGGCGCUUUGUCUAUGAUAUGAAUUAUAAUGGACUAGCUAUAGGAGCAGCAAGAGGAGGAGCUCCAAUUGCUAGGAUUGCAAUCUACAAGGCUUGUUGGGACUCUGGAUGCUAUGAUGCAGACUUAUUAGCAGCAUUUAAUGAUGCAAUUGAGGAUGGUGUAGACAUAAUUUCAUUAUCUCUUGGUCCUGAAUCACCUCAAGGAGAUUACUUCAAUGAUGCAAUCUCCAUUGGUUCAUUUCAUGCCAUGAGAAGUGGAAUAUUAGUGGUUUCUUCUGUUGGUAAUGCUGGUACUAGAGGUUCUGCAACUAAUUUGGCUCCAUGGAUGUUCACAGUGGCUGCAAGCUCGACCGACCGAGAAUUUGUAUCUAAUAUCAGUCUUGGGAAUGGAGAAAAUUUGAUGGGAGUAAGUCUCAAUACUCACCAAAUGAAUUCAUCGGUUCGAACUAUUGAUGCAUCAGAAGUAAAUGCUGGAUACUUCACUCCUUAUCAAUCAAGUUACUGCUUGGAAAGCUCCUUGAACACAACAAAGGCCAGAGGGAAGGUUCUCGUUUGCCGGCAUUCCAGCAGCUCUUCUGAAUCAAGGCUUGAGAAGAGUUUGGUUGUCAAGGAAGCUGGUGCUGUGGGAAUGAUUCUGCUCGAGGAAAGAGAAGAUGGUGUUGCUAUUCCCUUCAUCAUUCCUGCAGCAAGUAUUGGAAGUGAAGCUGGUGAUAAAGUGCUCUCUUAUCUUAAUAAAACAAGGAGACCAAAAUCACUUAUUUCUCCAGCGAAGACAGUACUGAAAUCACAAUCCGCGCCUAGAGUAGCAGCUUUCUCUUCCAAAGGCCCCAAUUCCCUCACACCAGAGAUCUUAAAGCCUGAUAUCAUGGCUCCUGGACUCAACAUCUUAGCAGCUUGGUCUCCUGCAGCUAAGAAUAUGAAGUUUAAUAUCAUUUCUGGAACUUCCAUGUCUUGUCCUCAUGUAACUGGAUUGGUUGCUUUGAUCAAAGCUGUGUAUCCUGAUUGGUCUCCAGCUGCAAUCAAGUCUGCAGUGAUGACAACAGCAACCAUCCUCAACAAGAAUCACAGAGCCAUUACUGCAGACCCCCUUGGAAAGAAGGCAAACCCCUUCGCCUAUGGGGCCGGCUUCCCUGAUCCUGCAAGAAUGCUAAAUCCAGGCCUCAUAUAUGACACUCAACCUUCAGAUUACAAGAAUUUCCUAUGCUCCAUUGGCUAUGAUAACAAAUCCUUGCAGCAAAUAACAGGAGACAGUAGCCAGUGUUCUAAGCCGGCUUCUUCAGCUUCAAACCUGAAUUACCCAUCCAUUACAGUACCAAACCUCAAAGACAGCAUUUCAAUCACAAGAACUGUAACAAACGUAGGAAAAUCAAACAGUAUUUAUGAAGCUGUGGUUUAUCCUCCAAGAGGAGUUAAUGUAACUGUGAUUCCAAAGUUCCUUGUUUUCAGAAGCUAUGGCCAGAAGAUUAGCUUUACAGUAAAUUUCAGAGUGGAUAAAUCUGGAAAGAAUUAUGUUUUUGGUUCUCUAUCAUGGAAAUCAAAAGAGUUUAGUGUGACCAGUCCACUGGUAGUUGGAAUUGCAGCUUCCAGAAUAGGCAUGAUUUGAAAAUUGUUGAUUGAUAAACAUGAAAGUUCAGAGUUUGGUUCAGAAAGAAUGGAAGAUAGAAAGAUAAAUUGGUUAAUUUCUUAGAAAUUGUUAAGCAAUUUGUAAUAUUUUAAUGUUCAUGCCAAAAAUUGGUGUA